AUGUCGUGUUCUACGUCAAUAAAAUCAACAAAACAAUAUUUUCGAAAGAAAAUGACUCCCAAUUGCUUCGAUAUCAUGUCAUCAUCAGCGACAGAUUCAUCCUCAAGUUUAUCUAUGCCUAUCAUACCGUCAUCGCCAAUGAAUGCGCAUCAUACAGGUGGCCAUAUUACAUGCGUUAUAAUCGGUGAUAGUAGCGUUGGAAAAUCUUCAUUAGUUGUUAGUUAUACAACAAAUGAUUUUCCUACACAAUAUGUACCAACAGCAUUCGAUAACUAUUCUGUUGAUGUUUCCGUUGGUACUCGACUUGUUCAUAUUGAUAUUUGCGAUACAGGAGGAAAGGAACAAUUUUCAUCCUUACAUGGCCUUUGUAUCCCGUACAGUGAUGUUAUAUUACUCUGCUUUAGUGUUGUGAAUCGACAAUCAUUUCACAACGCAAUAACAUAUUGGCUAUCGCGUGCUCGUCGUUCCAAUGCAAGAAUUCCAAUUAUACUUGUUGGUACACAAAUGGAUUUACGAUCCGAUUUAAAAACAUUAUUAACGCUUGAUCAACAAAAAUUAAAGCCGGUGACGGAAAAAGAAGCACGUGCAUGCGCCCAACAAAUACACGCAUGCACUUAUAUUGAAUGCUCGGCAUUAACAGAGAAAAAUUUAAAAACUGUUUUUGAUACGGCAGUCUUAGCAGCACUUGAAUUUUGCGAUGCAAACACAACAUUACCACUUCCAUCAACAUCUACUGUACCAUUAAUUGAACAACAAAAUCAAACAAAUAAUAAACAACAAAAACAUCGCCGUACGCAUUCAACUAAAACUUGGAGAAAAUUAGUAUCCGGAUGUAUUGGCGUUUGA